GAUUCGCCUAUAAGAGGGGCUGAGCGACUGAAGAGCGAAGAUGUCAGGAGAUCGGUUUGCCCUAAUCACACCUGGCGCUACCUGCGUUUGGCUCCGGCUCAACGAGGCACUCCGAGGAUCAGUGUCACUCUCCUUUAUCCUCAGUUUCCUGAUAAACGAAGCGACUGCAGGGGCACCGAUCGCAAGGAGCUCCUAAAUGCGGAGACUCGCGUGGACGCGUCGUGGCGCGGUCCGCGCUGUAACAGGCUGUCAUGCAGACGGGAAGUUGGAACGCGGGAGACCCAUGGUUUAGCCAGAUGGCCAGGUUGACAAGAAUACACCGUUUCCGGUGUAUUCUACCUUCUGGUUCCUUGUAAAUGUGAAAGCUUGCUCUUCAAUUUUUCAGUGCGGAGUGGUUAGAGUUGAGUAAACUGGUUUCCCCAACAAGGACUUUAAACAGCACCCGGAAGACGUGCCGAAAGCUGCAGUUUUCCCAUCCUAAGGAUGCAGUUUGUUUUGUGGGCGAGCUAAGAUGGAUCAGAGUUAGUUUCUUUUGGACGUGUAAAGUCUGUCAGCUGAUACGUUGCUGUACUCCACGCACAGCCCUGCAUUGUGGGAUUCUACAGAGGUUAGGACUGAAAAAACACCUAAAAGAGAGCUACGCCUGUUAUCAUUCCACAUCACGCCUGGCUUCAGAGAACACGGAGGGGGCCAAGCCCAUCAAGAAACCGAUCAAUCCCGCGAUGGACACGCCGAGCCAUGACCUGCCACGCGAGCUGUUGCUAAGCCACAAACGGGUACUGCAGUCGGGAGAGAAGCCGGAGCUGCAGCGGAGGCUGGAGCAGAGGAGAAUGGAGCAGCACAGGGAGCAGGAGCAGGCCCUGCAGCAGCCCUCCGACCUGGAGCAGGAGCUCCGCAAGAGGCAGCUCAGACUGCAGGAGUACGAACAGGAGGAGGUGAAGAGGAGGUUGGACCAGGAGAACAUUCCAGAAUUUGUGCGGGUGAAGGAGAAACUGCGGCACAUCCAGACAUCAGGACAGUGAGGUGACGGGAACGCCCAUGAUCCCCAACCCCUGAUCCCCCCAAUGCUGCCCCAAGGAUCAUAAGCCCCACCAGACAGCAUCACAUUCACUAGUUUUAGUUUAGUUUUAGUUUAUUUAUUUGACGAUUCACUUUAAAAGGACAAUUACAUGGUUGCAAACACCAAUGUACAUGCACAAUUAAAAGAGCGUCAAGGAUAACACAAAAAAGUCACAAGACUUAUUUCCAUUGUGGUCCUUGCUAGACACUAGACACACCUGUGUUAGUUACCUUUAUACAGAACCCGGUGGCUGAGACACAAAGGAUUCUGGGAUACCAAGGAACUGUUUCUGCACUAACUCUCCCAGCUGACCAAGUUUGUCCUCCAUUGAGAAAUCUGAUAGUGUCAGUCCCGGACACAUCCAUCCAUCAAUUAUCUAUACCCGCUUAUCCUGGGCAGGGUCGCGGGGGGUGCUGGAGCCUAUCCCAGCAUGCAUUGGGCGAGAGGCAGGAAUACACCCUGGACAGGCCUCUAAUCUAUCGCAGGGACGCAUACACCCUUCACUCACACACUCAUACCAUCGGGUAAUUUAGAGUCUCCAAUCGGCCUACCUACAUGUCUUUGGACUGUGGGAGGAAACCGGAGUACCCGGAGGAAACCCACGCGGACAUGGGGAGAACAUGCAAACUCCACACAGAAAGGCCCCAAGCCGAGAUUCGAACCCACGACCUUCUUGCUGCGACGCGACAGUGCUACCCACUGCACCACCGUGCCGCCCUCCUGAUCACGUAUUCUUAAAUUUAAUUUGGUCAUUGUGCCAAAUUGAAAACACAAUGGUCAAAUAUGAAUUCAAAUAAAUAUGUUGUCUUUUACUGUACCAUUUGUGCAUUCACUGAAACCUGUGAACAAACAUACAAUAAUCCAAAUUUACUAAUGAGUUAUGCUGCAGAGAGAAGAGAAAGCCUGUCGGACAUGAGUCAACACAGACUAGUGUGAGACCAGUAUGCUCUGUUGGGUGAGGGGAACUGCGAUGCAUGUGCUUGGUUGCAGUGAUAGUGUUUGUCUUGUUGUUAUUUGUGUGCAUGGAUUUGUCUGAAAACUGUGGAGAUGUGCUGUCUCCAGUAAAUGCGUUGUUCUUUUUUGUUUUUAUAGCACUUUACCAGGGUGAAA